UUCCCAGGAUCGGGAGACUCACCGCUAGAAGAUGAUGAAGCCGGGUAUCCCCACACUAGAUAUAAAGACACCCCCUGGUGCUCCCCCCUCAAGGUGAAGUACGGGGAUGUGUACUGCAGGGCCCCUCAAGGAGGAUACUACAAAACAGCCCUGGGCUCCAGAUGCGACAUUCGCUGCCGGAAGGGCUACGAGCUGCAUGGCUCUUCCCAGCUGAUCUGCCAGUCCAACAAGCGGUGGUCCGACAAGGUCAUCUGCAAACAAAAGCGAUGUCCUACCCUUGCCAUGCCAGCAAAUGGAGGGUUUAAGUGUGUAGAUGGAGCCUACUUUAAUUCCCGUUGUGAGUAUUACUGUUCACCAGGAUACACACUGAAAGGGGAGAGGACAGUCACAUGUAUGGACAGCAAGGCCUGGAGUGGUCGACCAGCCUCCUGUGUGGACAUGGAACCUCCUAGAAUCAAGUGCCCAAGUGUGAAGGAACGCAUUGCCGAACCCAAUAAGCUAACAGUCCGGGUAUCCUGGGAGACCCCUGAAGGAAGAGACACAGCAGAUGGCAUUCUCACCGAUGUUAUUCUAAAAGGCCUCCCCCCAGGCUCGCAUUUUCCAGAAGGAGACCACAGGAUCCAGUAUACUGUCUAUGACAGAGCUGAGAACAAGGGUACUUGCAAAUUUCGAGUUAAAGUAAGAGUCAGACGCUGUGGCAAACUCAACGCUCCAGAAAAUGGUUACAUGAAGUGCUCCAGUGACGGCGAUAAUUAUGGAGCCACUUGUGAGUUCUCCUGCAUCGGUGGCUACGAGCUCCAGGGUAGCCCUGCCCGAGUAUGUCAGUCCAACCUGGCGUGGUCUGGCACAGAGCCCACCUGCGCAGCCAUGAAUGUCAAUGUGGGUGUCAGAACAGCAGCUGCACUUCUGGAUCAGUUUUAUGAAAAAAGAAGACUCCUCAUUGUGUCUACACCCACAGCGCGGAACCUCCUCUACCGGCUGCAGCUGGGAAUGCUACAGCAAUCCCAGUGUGGCCUGGAUCUCCGACACAUCACCGUGGUAGAACUGGUAGGCGUGUUCCCGACCCUUAUCGGCAGGAUAGGAACAAAGAUUAUGCCUCCAGCCCUAGCUCUGCAGCUCAGGUUGUUACUUCGAAUUCCACUCUAUUCCUUCAGUAUGGUGCUAGUGGACAAGCAUGGCAUGGACAAGGAGCGCUAUGUCUCUCUGGUGACGCCCGUGACUCUCUUCAACCUGAUUGACACUUUCCCCUUGAGAAAAGAAGAGAUGGUCCUGCAAGCAGAAAUGGGCCAGACCUGUAACACCUGACGCGAUGUUCCUCCGUUGGUGGUUCCUUUUCUCUUUAUAUAUGGUGCCACGUGCAUGGGAAGGCCUUAAAAUAUCCUCGAUGUACAGAUUUUUAUUUGUAAUUUUUAAAGUCUAUUUUAUUAUGAGCUUUCUUUGCACUUAAAAGUUAGCACAAUGCUUUUUGUACUUCAAACUGUUUCAGAAGUUUUGAUGAAGAUAUUUACUCUAACUCUUCACUCCAACAUGACUGGUUCAUUUUGUAGAAAAAUUAGAAGUCACAAUGAUUCACAUGCUUUCAACAUUAUUCAGUGUGAAACAUAACUCUUUUCUAUUUUGUUUAUAUAAAACUUUUAUUAAUAAAAUAUUUUGGAGCAAAUUCA